AUGGAGCGGCUGAGAGCCCUUCGAGGUCUCUUUGCCUGUGUGGGCUGCAUGCCCAGACGCACACAUCGCGGGGAGAGAGGCAGGGUGGAAAGCCCUGUCCCCACCUGUGCCGUGACUUUACUGCUGCAGCGCCUGCAAGACCAGGAGGGUGACCGAGAGCAGGCGUACUGCAAGCUGGAGCACGUCCUGGGGGAAGAGGACAGCCGCCCGCCGUGCGGAGUGGUGAACCGGCUGCUGGCUGAGGUGUCCCAGGACCUGACAGCAGCCCAGGGCGUGACGAACAGCGUGAGAAUGGCUACCAGCAAUGUCCUGGUGGCUCUGGCCCGGACUCACUUCUCCUUGGUGAUGGCCGAGCUCCAGGGCCACCUGAAGGCCACACGGGAGAUGUGCAAGGAGUUUGUGCUCGUCACCCUGAGCAAACUCUUCAGCAUCUAUGCUCCACAGUGCAUCUCCUUUGUGUGGCUGACGCUGGCCGGCCUGUGCAGUGUGGUGGGCCGGGUGAGGAGCGGCCGGACCCUGUGCACUGCUUGUGCUGGUGAGUGCCGGCCCCAGGGCAGGGGGGCUGGGGACAGCCCUUGCACCUCACCCUGCUGCAGACUCUCACAGGCUGCCUUUUCUCUUCUUUUGUUGUGCUUUUUUUUUUUUUUUUUUUUUUUUUUUUUAAAUAAUUAUUCUUUUUUGUUUUGUUUUGUUUUGUUUUGUUUUUCAGUUAUGAAACAAUGGAUGGACGGAAUCAAGAGUCACUUGUCCUCCAAAAAGCACAGCCCCUGGCCUGCCACAGAGAAAGAACAAAUGUAUGAGAAUCUUCAUGAGCUCUUCUUCUUUGUGGUGAGCAACUGGCAGGACUGCAAGGAGGAAGAGGACAGACAGGCCGUUCUUGGAGCUGUGACUGCCAUGAUGACUGUUCUCCUGCAAGAGGAGCUGCCCCAAGAGCACGUCUGGGAGCGGCUCCUCUGGCUCGUGCACCCGUGUCAGGAGAUGCAAGACACCUGCAGGGUGGCCAAGAGCCUUAUUAUGUUCCUGGAGGCCUUACAGGGAGUUCAGUCUGUCAUCUGUAAGGACAAGUUUUUGGUCAUCACCAGUGCUGUGUUCUAUCAGCUCUCUGAUGACGUCAAGCAGCACAGUGAGGCUGACAGAGCAGAGCUGACCUGCUGCAUCCUGCUGCAGGCCCGAAUCUGCCCAGAGGAAACGGUCCUGUUUCUACAGUCACAGCUGGGCGAUGAGUGGGAGGCUGGAUGCGUGGCAGCCCUGGGUCUGCUCGGUGCUCUGGCUCGCUCUGAUGAGCCUGCGAUGACAGAGAAGCUGCCUCAGAUUACAGAGGCUGUGCAGCGUGUGUGCAGUGACCCCAGGACCCGGGUGAGGAGGGCCGUGCUGCACUUCAUUGAGGAUCUGCUCAGCGCUAACGCCUGGAGCUGCUCAGCCUGGGAUGUGGUGGGGCACAUCUUCAGGGAGUUCAGCCGCACCACAGGAAGAAGGGCAGCCAGAGACCUUUCCGCCCAGGAAGCGCAGGAAGAGGGAGCUCUCCAAGAGCUGUGCAUCAACAUCCUGGGGUCACUGGAUGUCUCUGCGAGAGGGAUCUCCAAACUCCUGUGGCCAAGGCUGCUGCUGUACGUGGUGCCAGCCCAGUACACCGGCAUGCUGAUCCCGGUCUCCCGCUGCGUCCAAGCCCUGGCCAAGAGAGGGGAGCUGACGGUGCGGGACAUGGAAGAUCUGGAUCCCCACUUCCUCAGCUCCAUGUUUCAAGGCCCACUGCUGACUCCCCAGACACUGCUGGCACGUCUGCUGGUGGUGGCAGGGAGCCCUUUUGCAGGCAGCGAACUCCAAGCCGCUGCCUUGCUGCUCCUGCAAAACCUCCACAGCAAGAUCCACAGAGCUGUGGGGGCCAAGUGGGCUGCUGAGAUCCCCCUGCUGCUGCAGCGUCUCGAAGGGAACUCCUGGAAACCCAUCCUCACACAGGAAGGAUGAUGGACGGAGCCCACACUCUCUGUUUUCUGCGCCAAGA